UUUAACUACUCAUCACCCUCUACUCCCUUCUGGUUCACUCCUUUUAUUUAUUUAUUUUCUUUUGGUUGUUCUUCCUAGUGUACAGUGACUGCUGGUAGUUUACUCUUUUCUAUGCUAUCACUGGCAAACAAGUUGCAUUAGCUAUGUCCCAUUUAUUUGUUGUCUUUACCUUCCUAGGAAUCCUUUCUUCAAAUUAAGCAUAGCAUUUAAAGUUUUAAUCAGUGUGUGAUUUCUUGCAUCAUCUAGUAGAAUGUUAGAGGGAUAAUUAGUUACUUUACUCAACCCUCUGAAUUGCUGCUAUGUAAUGUGUUUGUUCUUUUGUCCCUGAUCCUUUUUUCUCUGUGUGUGUGUGUGUGUGUUUGUGUUUAGGUGUUCAUUUUGAUUUUUUUUACCUGCUUGACCCAGACUGUAUCUUAGCACUAACUAAAGUUCAGUAUUCUAUGUUGAAUUUAGAGUCAAGAAAUUAAGACCUUGCUGUUCAGCAUAGUUCAACUGUGUUGCUGGCUCCACUUGUAAGGAAGCCAAGAUAGCGUGCACCUGAAGGUUACUUGAACUAAUCUAUGACAGCUGUUCACUUGAGUGAAGCUGGAAUAUUUGAAAAGCUGAGCAAUUGCUUACUGGGUUUUAUGAAGAUUCUGUGUUCAGGUUAUUGGAGAUGGUGAUUUGAAGAAUAAGAUUUCCGAUAUGAACAAAGUAAAAGCAUCAUCAGAAAAAAGUGUUUCUACCAGUUCUCGGACUAUGUCUUUGCUGUCACAGCUGGAGAAGAUCAAUUUGGACUCUGUAUUGGGAGAAGCAGAUAAUGCCAGAUAUGUUACUGCAAAGAUCCUUCAUUUGGUCCAGAGUCAGGAAAAAACCAAGAAGGAGAUGACUUCUAAGGGUUCCAGUGCAAUAGAAGUUAUCCUGUCAACCCUAGAGAAUACAAGAGAUCCUCAAACUAUUCUAAAUAUAUUGAAUAUCCUCAUUGAAUUAGUCUCAGUUGGUGGUGGUCGGAGAGCAAGCAUCUUGGUCACCAAAGGAGGGACACAGAUCUUGUUGCAGCUGCUUUUGAAUGCAAGCAAAGAAUCUCCACCAAACGAAGAAUUAAUGGUGCUUCUUCAUACCCUUCUUGCAAAAGUUGGUCCAAAAGACAAAAAGAUUGGCAUGAAAGUGAGAAUUAAUGGUGCCCUGAACAUAACAUUGAAUUUAGUGAAGCAGAAUUUGCAGAACCAUAGGCUAAUAUUGCCAUGUCUUCAAGUGUUAAGAGUUUAUUCAACUAACUCUGUAAAUGCAGUGUCCUUAGGAAAGAACGGAGUGGUUGAACUGAUGUUUAAGAUCAUUGGACCUUUUAGUAAAAAGAACACUAGCCUUAUGAAGGUUGCUUUAGACACACUUGCUGCAUUGCUAAAAUCAAAAACAAAUGCCAGGAGAGCAGUAGAUAGAGGAUACGUACACAUGCUUUUAACAAUUUACGUUGAUUGGCACCGUCAUGAUAGUCGACACAGAUAUAUGCUGAUACGUAAAGGAGUUUUACAGUGCAUUAAGAGUGUAACAAACAUCAAAUUGGGAAGAAAAGCAUUCAUUGAUGCAAAUGGGAUGAAAAUUCUUUAUAACACUUCACAAGAGUGCCUUGCAGUAAGAACUCUUGAUCCACUUGUCAACACAUCCAGCCUAAUAAUGAGAAAAUGUUUUCCUAAAAAUCGUCUUCCUUUACCAACUAUUAAAAGUGCUUUUCACUUCCAACUCCCAGUUAUUCCUUCCAGUGGUCCUGUGGCUCAAAUGUACAGUUUGCCUCCUGAUGUGGAUGAUGUGGUAGAUGAAAGUGAUGACAACGAUGAUACUGAAACAGAAUCAGAAAUUGAAACUGAAGAUGACAAGGACCAAAAUUUUAAGAAUGAUGAUAUUGAAACUGAUAUUAAUAAACUGAAACCUAGACAGGAACUGGGACGACCCUUAGAAGAAUUGAAAAUGUAUGAGCAAUUUUUCCCAGAACUUACUGAAAACUUUCAGGAAUGUGAUUUAGUAUCCAAGGAACCAAAGCCUUUUGUGCCUGAUGCAAAUCUGGGUGGACCUAUUGUGGUUCCUACAGCAGGAGAGGAGUUCUCAGCUGAAACAGAUCCAUCAGUGAUAGGAAUUUCUUUGAAGGAGAGCAAUCCAUUACUGACAGAGGAAUAUAAUAGAAGGCCAGCUUUUCUGGAACUACCAAAGAAAGAUAGUAUCAAAGACAGUAGCUUACUUCGGCAAAAUGUUCGAAGGAAUCUGCUUCCAUCAUGCGAGAGUCUGAGCCAAGAAAUUGUGAAAGGCUUGGACAGAAUCAGUCUGCAAAACACUGCAGAAAAUGAUCAGUACUAUGCUACAGAGUGUGUUAUAAAAAAAGAAAACAAAACUAGCCUCACCCCACUUGCUUGUAGUAAAACUUGUGAACAUGUUUCACCCUGUGGAAAUAGCCUUUUUGAAGGAUCAUCUGUCCAUCUUGGGAAAUUCUGCUGCACAGGAGUGGAAUCAGAGGAGGAGGAUACCAAAUCUAGUUCAUCAGGGGAACAAGUGGAGCUUGAGGUUUCUGAUGUAUCUCCUGUUCAUGACUGCGAUCUUUAUAUAGAAAUGGUGAAAACCACAAAAUCUAUUCCUGAAUAUUCAGAAGUGGCCUAUCCUGAUUAUUUUGGCCAUAUUCCACCCCCCUUUAAGGAGCCUAUCUUGGAAAGGCCUUAUGGAGUGCAAAGGACAAAAAUAUGUCAAGACAUUGAAAGACUAAUUCAUCAAAAUGAUAUUAUAGACAGAGUUGUGUAUGACCUCGACAAUUCCAGUUGUUCAGUACCUGAAGAAGUGGAUGUUUUGAAGUUUAAUUCCAAAUUUGAGUCUGGAAACCUGCGCAAAGUCAUUCAGAUUAGAAAAAACGAGUAUGAUCUAAUUCUGAACUCAGAUAUAAAUAGCAAUCAUUAUCAUCAGUGGUUUUACUUUGAAGUCAGUGGAAUGAAAACAGGCAUCGGUUACCGUUUUAACAUCAUCAACUGUGAAAAGUCAAACAGUCAGUUUAACUACGGUAUGCAGCCACUUAUGUAUUCUGUUCAGGAGGCACUAAAUUCUCGACCUUCUUGGACUCGUGUUGGGGCAGAUAUUUGUUACUAUAAGAAUCAUUUUUCAAGAAGUUCAAUUGCUGCUGGGGGUCAGAAAGGAAAAUCUUAUUACACAAUUACAUUUACAGUGACUUUUCAACAUAAAGAUGAUGUCUGCUACUUUGCUUACCAUUAUCCCUAUACGUACUCAACAUUGAAGAUGCAUCUUCAGAAGUUGGAAUCUAUGCAUAACCCUCAACAGAUAUAUUUUCGACAAGAUGCUCUCUGUGAGACUCUGGCUGGCAACACAUGUCAUGUAGUCACUAUUACAGCCAUGCCAGAAUCGAGUUACUAUGAACAUAUCUGUCAAUUCAGGAAUCGUCCUUAUAUUUUCCUAUCUGCUCGUGUACAUCCUGGAGAAACGAAUGCAAGCUGGGUUAUGAAAGGAACACUGGAAUAUCUUAUGAGUAAUAACCCAAGUGCCCAAAGUUUACGAGAGUCUUACAUUUUCAAAAUUAUUCCCAUGCUCAAUCCAGAUGGUGUCAUCAAUGGGAACCACCGUUGCUCUUUAAGUGGAGAAGAUUUAAACAGACAGUGGCAAAACCCAAAUCCAGAUCUGCAUCCCACAAUUUACCAUGCUAAAGGCUUACUGCAAUAUCUGGCUGCUAUAAAGCGUUUACCUCUGGUUUACUGCGAUUAUCACGGUCACUCUCGUAAAAAGAAUGUAUUCAUGUAUGGCUGCAGCAUCAAAGAGACAAUGUGGCACACAAAUGUUAACACUGCCUCUUGUGAUCUAGUGGAAGACCCUGGUUACAGAGUACUCCCGAAAAUCUUGAGUCAAACUGCCCCAGCGUUCUGUAUGGGCAGCUGCAGCUUUGUAGUGGAAAAGUCCAAGGAGUCAACAGCACGAGUUGUUGUCUGGAGGGAGAUAGGAGUACAGAGGAGCUACACGAUGGAAAGCACAUUAUGUGGAUGUGACCAGGGCAAAUAUAAGGGGUUGCAAAUAGGGACAAGAGAACUGGAGGAAAUGGGAGCCAAGUUCUGUGUUGGCUUACUGCGUUUAAAAAGAAUGGCUUCACCUUUGGAAUACAAUCUGCCUUCUGGUCUGCUGGAUAUUGAAAGUGAGCUGAUUGAGUCAAGCUGUAAAGUGACAAGCCCUACAACAUACGUUUUGGAUGAAGAUGAGCCUCGCUUUCUUGAAGAAGUUGACUAUAGUGCAGAAAGUAAUGAUGAUCAGGAUGUUGAAUUAGCUGAUAAUGUGGGUGAUUAUGAGGCCAGCAAUCAAGAAGAUGGACUCUCAGACUCAGAUUCAACCAGGAUACUCCUUUCUUGAAGCAUCUUUGCAGCUGGUAAUAAGGAAUGAGGAAUCUUGGGUUCUUGUACUCACAUACUUCUUCACUCAAGUCUACUAAGGGGAUAAGCUUAAAGAACCACAGUAACUGGGUCCUUUCAAGCUCAAGGACAAUAAAUAUUUCUGAUUUCUCAUAAAUUGGCACUUAUUUUAUUUAAGGAGUUCUCUGUUUUCUCUGAGCACGAACUAGAUAAAUUUCCUUACUGGUUCAUUUUCUACUGAGUAACAUUGCAUGACAUUUUGUGUCCUUAAAGCCUAUCAUAAUAAAAAAAAAAAAAAAAAAAAAAAAAAAGGAUAAUAAUUUGUGAUGUGUCAGGAUACAGAAAUGAAUUCUUUGUGCUAGGGCUGCUUUCUGAAAAAUUCAUCUGUACAGAUUUUUUUAAAUUCUGUUUGUAUGUGUGUGUGUGUAUGCGCGUGUGUACACUGAGGUGAAAAGGUUAUUUUUCAAUAUCAUGUUAAUACAGAUACUUGAUUGUGUUUGCAAUGAUGUAGUGCCUGCUCUGAAAUCAUUUGAUAAUUACCAAAUUAAAAAUGAAAAAGUGAUGUAUGAAUUGUUGCUCUUGUUUCUUGCUUCCGAGGAUUAUAUGAUGUUACCAUAGUACUAGCUAAAACUGUAACAUCUGUUCAUAGUACAAAGUUCUGCACUGCAACCAAUUCUGCCUGUAUUCACAAGAACUGUACACUUGUUUAAAAGUCUUUCCCUAUUAAAAAAACAUGGCUUAAUAUGAAAAGAUGAAGUGUACAUGACUACAAGAAGUGGAUUAGAUGUGUGCCUUGUAUGUAUGUUUAGCUACCCGUUGCUUGUUUUCUCUUGUUCAAUAUGCACGUAGUUAAAGAGUUCAAUUUACUGCAGGCACAAUAAUGUAUAUAUCCAAUUUAAAUGCUUAAAGAGGGAAGGUCCAAUUUUGUUGAAACAUCUUUUAAUUGGUCUGAAUUCAGUGUUAAACCUCCUCUGAGAAGGAGAUUGGACUAUGUAGCCUCAUGAGCUCCUUUCCAGCCUGAAAAACUGUGCUAUGAUUUUGUAUUCUUCAUGUCUAAAGCCAAGCUGUCAGACACGAGUUUUCAUUUUUUUGUCUUCUCCUGUCAUCUGCCAGCUCCUUUGCCUCUUAUCUUUGCUUAAUAUAAAAUCUAAUGCAGAAAUGAAGUUGCACUUUCAUUUACAGAACUCACAUGUUUUGCAAUGAAAAAUAUUUUUCCGAAAGAUUUUCACUGGAUGUGACCUCAUUGCAUUAUUCAUUUUCUGUUGCAUGUGCAGAGGCUUAAAGAGCAUGAAGAAUAACACUUAUUAAUUGCAGGAGGGUUUAAUUGAUGAGAACAUUGCAUUUACUAUUGCAAAUGAAACUAUAUGAAGGGUGCCAUUGGCAGAAGGAUUAAAAUAAAUCAGGGAAUUAACUAUGUUGAUUCAUUAACGCUAGGACGCUUUUUUUCACCAGGAGUUGCCAUUUCAAAUGGAGUGCUGGUUAGUGAUGUCUGUAUCAUUCUAAUUCUGAAACUGAGGAAGGGUUUCUGACCCUCUGGUGAUUUGCUGCUAUAUUUUUGUUUAAAGAUUUACAUUUAUGCUAAUAAUUACACACUGUGGAGGUGUGAGGCUAUAAUGAAGUCAGAUUCUUAUCCCCAUAUAUAUUUCUAUCUAGUGAAAAUUAUAAUUUCUCGUAUUCUUAGAGCUACAUACUGUGAACAAGAAAGUUUAUUUCAUAACCUGUUGAAGAGGUGUUACCUGCACUGAAAUUACAGGGAAUUACCUGCCAAGAAGGAGGAUUGAAUUUACCACAAACUUUGAAAUAUCUGUAACCCAAUGAAAGCAGAGCAGAAUGCUCUUAUUACAGUGCCACUUCAUUAGGUCUCUGCAUGAAUAGAUUUUCAUCCUUAUGGAUUCACACAUCAGUAACUUCAGUGAAAAAUUUUUGCUUAAAUUUUGGAAGGUGCAGGAUGCCAGGUGUUAGUUAACCCAACUGUGCAUUUUUUCAUUACUUCUCCUAUAAAUUUGUAUUAGUCCUGGAAUACUUUUUGCACACUACAAGAAAGACUAGAAAUGUGCUAGAUCCAAUUAGAAAUAAUUCUGGUUUAGUAGUAAAAAAACAAAUAUGGUAUUUUCAUCCAAAAUAAAUACACAUCUAUGUACUCGUGUCUUGUACAGCUUCUAGAUAGUGGGGGAAAAAAAAAAAAAAAUAAAUAAAAAGAAGUUAUGAGUGACUUAAGCAAUGACUCAGGAUAACAGGCACUUUUCUAAAAUACUGUUCUUUUUACGCAUUAGAUUCUAAGGUACUUAAAAAUUAGAUUUCUAUAUUUGAUUUAGAAGUCAAGCUGUCAGUUGUGGGUCUGAACUACUUCAGUGCAAAACUGCAGUGCAAGAGUGAAACUGUCCUUACGUUGCACUUUGUGGAAACUGCAAAGGCCACGUGUCUGGCAUGCACCUUGUUUGCAGGUACAUCAUUCUCAAAGGCCAGGUCUCCAUUUGUGCCCACAGGGAUUCAGGUUCUUGUUUUGAGCUGCCACAGCCCUAGCUACUUCACCUAUUUAUCCCUUCUCUAUUACUUGUUGCCACUGUUAACAGCACUGUUGGCAUUCACACUCCAGUAUUCCACAGGUAGUGUGGUGAGAAGUUGGACGGCUUAGCUGAAUGUGGAAUAGGUGGGGCUUGAGCACCUGCAGCCCUGUUACAGAAGCAUUCACCCACAUUAAACGGCCAGAACAGGAGCUCCUCAUCAGCCACUGAUCAAUGUAUCAUGGCCUGACCCAGAGAACUCAUUGUCUUUGUUUUAUGUAUUGACACUUCAAUAUAUUUUGGUUUUAAAUGAUGCUCUUUUACUGUAAGCAUGACUACAAGAAAAGGAGUAAUGUCUUUUUCCUGUAACAAUAAGAAAUAAGGUUAAAAACAGUAAUUAGAUUUGUGUUAUUUGCUGUCUGUCUUCUAAGUAAUUGCUGGAUGAUGAAUUCCUUUAUUCCCUCUCCAGGUAUCAUUCAAAAUACAGCUAAAAUUUGAUAUUGUGUCUUCACUGGUUACAUCACUUGAUGUAAUGUAACUACAACCAAGACUGCAGUUAGUGCCAAAGUCUUCUCUGGUUGUUUUUGGAAGUAGAUUGCUUUAUCAGGGCGAGCUGAUUCUAUUCUCGAAUAAGACUGCAGUGGUAGUAAUGACAGUUUCCAAAAUGCAAGAAUUCCAGGAUUCAGAAAGUUGCCAUUGUAAUGCUGUGAUAGAUAUACUUGUUGCAGUGUUAUUAUGCAUGCCUCAAGUAACAGUACUUAUUAAUAAAAAUAUAUAAUAAAGAAUGAAUUACAAUCA